CUUCCUUCUCUCUCUUUCCCUUUCCUAAUCUCUCCCAAACAAAUCCUCCUCACCAUUCACACGACAUUGCUUUUUAUUUGCUCGUUAUUGUUAGUUGUUGUUGUUGACGUUGAUUUGUUCAUUUCCUUUCACUUCAAGACUUCGUUUCUGAUCAACCCACUCCCUCCAUAAAUCCCCCUUACCUCUGCUUCAAUUUCUUCGUCUUCCUCUCUCAUUACGGUUUAAUCGAGUAAUUUUCUGUGCUUUUUCAACGAGGAGCUGCUGUAAUUUCCGAAGAAUCUAUGUCGACUGUUUCCAGAGAUGAAAGCGUGGUGUUGUCUUCGGAGGACGAGUCUCCGGAUGAAUCUGAGAUCGAAUUGGGGCUAGGGCUCAGCCUCGGCGUUCGUGAUUCGGCACACAAGAUUCAGAAAGUUGCGAUGCUUCAAUUUGGGAAAAUUUUAAUGGCUGAGGAAUUUCCUGCGUCGAUCUCCUCUCACUCUUCUAUGUCUUCGUCGAGCUCAUCUGUUUGUUCCUCGUCGUGGCCUUGUGGAUUCAGUGUCACUAAUCGCUCUAAGAUAAAUUCUGAUUCUGCAGCAACUACUAAUGGCGGGAGAAGUAACCAGGUCGUGGGGUGGCCACCGAUCAGAGCUUCUAGGAUCAGUACCUUGGCUAACCAGGCAAAACCUCAUUCUGUAGAAGGAUUCAAGGCAGAAGCUGGCAAGAAUAAAAACAAGCAUACGGAGGCAGGGACACCUAAUGGUGUUGGUGAUAAACACAAAGCAAAUGAAAAGAGUAGGAAUUCCAGAAAUUCUUUGUACGUGAAGGUUAAUAUGGAUGGAGUUCUUAUUGGAAGAAAGGUUAACCUCAGUGCUUACAGUAGCUACGAAACCUUGGCCCAAAAAGUAGAGAACAUGUUCCUUGAUCCCACUGCACUAGCUGAUUCAACUGGAUCAAGCAUAAAGGAAAAUGACAUGGUGAGACCCUCCAGACUACUAAAUGGACUAUCCGAGUACAUGCUUACUUACGAAGAUCGGGACGGAGAUUGGAUGCUAGUUGGCGAUGUUCCAUGGGGAAUGUUUACGAACUCCGUGAAGAGGCUUAGGAUAAUGAGAGCAGCUGAAGCUAAUCAAAUUGACAAGUGAUCUGCCAGCAGGAUUGGAAACUCACCAAUUGAAGACGGUUUCCUUUUUUUUUUUUUUUUUUUUUAGCACAACACCGAUUCUCUGGAAAAUUUGCAGCUAUGGAGCAGCAAGAGAAAGGAUUGGUAUUUAUAUGAGCAAGGCCAAUAUGUAUGGGACUGAGGCAGCCGAUAUAAGCUUGAAAACUGUGCAAAGGAGAGGGAAUAGGCGAAGUAUUAAGAAAAGAAACAAAAAUUGACUUCUUUUUUGGCUUUCUGAUCUCGUUCCCCACAAUUUGUGUAUUUUUGAAGUCACUCACAGCCAUAAAGCCAUGCACAUGUUCCGAUGUGGGAAUGUUUAUGUUGUGAAUAUAAGGGCAAAUAAUGCUCUAGUUUUCCUCUCCACCAAUGGAGAUUGGAGAGAAAAUGCUGUGGUUAUGUGUGUUUUGUAAACAGGUAAAGUUUUGAAUUUCAAUAAUAUAAAAUGAUUACAA